AUGUCAUUCUUCACGACGUUCGACUCGUCCAAGACGACGCGCAUCCAAGCAACUAGUGCCCAGGUGUUCAACGUACUCAAGCGCGUCGAGCACUGGCCUGUGUGGGAUGUCGACCUCAAGAAAGUCAUCCUGGACACGCCGACGUCGACGCCACUCAACGACACCAAAGGGACGCUUUUCAUGAAGAACUACGGUGGUGGCGAGCAUCCCUUUGCCAUUCAGAACGCGCUGAUUCUGUGUGGUACUGGACGUGGAGCGAAGACACCAAGGAUGGCUUUGUUGACAUGA